AUGUACGAAGUUCCAGAAGACAGGUCACUGUGUGUCGUGUCGGCCUUUCUUAGCCUUGCCCUUGCGGACAGGGCGUUGGAUGGCAUUGAAUCAUUCAGUGACCUUGAACGAAGACAACCCGCACUAGGAUCGAACAUAGUCACGUACCGCGUUAAGGACAGCGUGAAGUCUAUCCCAAUCAUGCGAGCCAUCAGUUCAUGCGGAGAAGUCUCAGAAAAUCGCAUUCUUACGUACAACUGCUCAUAUACCGCGUUGCGAGGCCUAGGACAGCGUGCCAGCUACGGAGACACACUCACUAGUUAUUGUUUCCGGCGCUCUUUCGCCCGGCAGCUUGAUAGGGCAGUGGGGUCUGAAAAGCGAAGGAGAGGCAUGGGGCACAAGACCAACAAAACGAUCGAGUAUUACAAGACGGGAAUUCAGGAUCUUGACACGCAGGCGAUUAUUAGAGGCAAACUACAAAGAUUCGAGCUCAUUGAAGAGUCCAUCUCCAUGAUGGAGACCCGAGACCUAGCUGCGCCUCAGCUGCCUGGGGCUCAGCUUGUGGGGGCGGCAUCCCACUUGCGUCACCGGACUGUCCCUUGCGAUGACGACGCUAGAGACGACUUGGAAAGUGACCCAAACACUUCUAGUUCCGAUAACGCCUUAUCAAGUGACGAUAAACACGACGACAAAGGAUCUAGCCAAGUACAACCUUCUGUUCUGACAACUGCUAAGAUGACACCUGCUCAGCAGAACUACGCCAGAAGACAGUCUCGAAAGAUUGCGUACUAA